UAGGCCUCUCGUUAGAACUUGAUUUGAGCUUCAAUCGAAGACAAAUAUGUCGACUCGGGUGUUCCGUAAUUCUCACCGAAUAUUGCUUGACUAACAAAUUACGGAAUAGACACGUAAAUUUUAAAGAAUUUUUCUCUCUGCGAACUUAAUAAUUUCACUGGAACUUGCAAACUCUACUUCUUUUUUUAUUAAUGCUUUAGAACCUUUACACGGAAUGAAAUUUUGGGUAAAAAACUAUAUCCCUAGAGGGGGAAACGUGGGACGAAAUGACAAUGAAUCACUUUUGUUCAUUAUCAAGUUUUGUUGGAAAAAUUAGACUUCGAAGACUUAUUUUUCUGAUAAAAUAACUUUCGUCCCUCGUGUCGUCCCCUGGAGGUGUAAUUUUUUUCUAAAAUUUCUUUCCGCGCAGAUGAUUUUAGUCGAGCUUUUUGAUUCUUCAUGGUUGGACACCAUUGAAGUAUCUAGGGGCUCUUGAUUCUCAAAUGCGGAUCUGGACGACACCCACCUGAGCUCAAUCGUGAAUUAUUGAAGCGGUAAUGAAUUUAUUACAGCCUACAUUGCAUUUCAGAAAGUUCAUUAUUUUUUCAUGAAACAAUCAGUCGAUAUCAUUCAUUUAUUCAUCUUCCCGGAAGAUGAAUGACAAUGAUGAGUCUUUCCUCAGAAUAUGGUCAGUUAUGAUUCAGCUGGACGUGUGCGAAUGAGCUUUAAUUUGCGGGAGUAAUUUCCAAGUAGUGGACACGAGGCAUAAGAAAUAUGGGCGUAAAGAGAGUUAAAUCAACAACAAAAAGGGAAUAUGAGACUGUUCCCGAUUUCGCGGAAUUAUUCCGCGUAUGCGGACUGGCAUUACGUUUCACCGGAAUUUUUGCUAUAGACUCCGUUCUCACGAAGAGUGACAAUAAACUUCCGGAUUUGAAAAUGGUCUUUUACAUUUUUGGACUCGCUCCAGUUAUUUUUGAGGCGAUUUGCGAGGCUCGGACGGUUAUCAAGUACUGGGAUACCGAUAUUUAUAUGGCCUUGGAGAUUUGUACACCUACAAUGAGUACUUCUAUCUGCGUAACGCAAGGAUUCUGCAUGUACUAUUUUCGAAAAGAUCUUUUACAAUUGAUAUCAUCCACACGGGACUUAUGGGAUCAGCAGAUUGUUCAUGAAAUUGAUGAUAAGUUAAUACGAAAAGUCAAAAAAUCUCAGUUUAUCACGGAAAUUUACGCCAUCCUAAUGAUACUUCUGGCGACAUCUUUUACUCUUCGACCGGUCGUUUUCCUACUAAUGCAUGUUACAUUGAAGAGAAACGAAACAUUUGACUUUAACCAGCUCGCUUAUCCCUCGACCUAUCCCUUCGCAACCGAUACUAUGACUAGGUACAUCUUGUGUUUUGUCUUGGAUGUUUGGAUUAUCUUUAACGCAGGCUCAUGGUGGGUAGGCUCAGACAUGAUUUUCCUGCAAUCGGCAACUCAUCUAUCCGUGCAAUACCAAAUAUUGCAGCAUGAUUUAAUGAUGAUUAAACCGGGAGACAAUUCAUCUGCUUCGAUUCAGCAAGUGAAUGCCAUUGGCAAACGUCAUGCCCAUUUGUUAUCAUUGGUUAAGCAAUUGAAGAGAUUAUUUAGCCCGUUGUUGUGGGGUAUGAUGGUGACGACGAGCAUACAUAUGUGUAUUGGUGUAUUGAGUGUUCACAGGGAAUUAAACAAUAGAAACUACGCUAAAAUUGGUAAUAAUACUGUUCAUACUAUUAUUACAAUGAUCCAACCAUCUAUUUACUGCCUUUAUGCUAAUGACCUUAUUGACAGAGCGGAUGAGACUUCUAUGGCAGCAUAUGAAUGCAAUUGGGUUGAUGAAAGUCAGGGUUUAAAAAAAGCUUUGUAUUUGAUGAGUCUGCGUUCGCAAAAUGGACUGAAAUUCAGAAUUUAUGGGAGCUUUAAUUUGGACUUGAAUCAACUGACGCAAAUUUUAAUUGCCGCUGCGAAAUUCUUAACAAUGCUAAUCAAUCUAUCCGAAUCUGUGUGAUUAUCCUCUUAAAUGCGGUUAUGGACUUAUGAUUAGUAAUGUUGAAAUAUUUUUCGAGA